UCCCCCACAGGGGGCACUGCCGGGGGAAGCUCGCAGCCCGGCCAUCCCUCCCCCACGGGCGGCACUGCCAGGGGAAGCUCGCAGCCCGGCCAUCCCUCCCCCACGGGGGGCACUGCCGGGGGAAGCUCGCAGCCCGGCCAUCCCUCCCCCACAGCGGGCACUGCCGGGGGAAGCUCGCAGCCCGGCCAUCCCUCCCCCACAGGGGGCACUGCCGGGGGAAGCUCGCAGCUCGGACCCGCCCCUCGCGCUCGGCAUCCACCCGCGCUCCGUCACUUUCGUUUUCACUUGUCAACUCGCACCAUCAUCCCCCCCCGCCACGCGCCCCCCAGCGACCCUCCCGCCAUGACUGCGCUGCGGGUCAGCCCCCAGGCCGAGGCUCAGGUGGAUUCCUUCCGGACCCAGCUCUGCGCCCAGGCUGAAGCACUAGUUGGGACCAAGUUCCCCACUAAGAUGACUCAGCUGGAUGCUUUCCUCAAGGACCCGGCACUGAACGUGGGGGACCUCGAGUCCCUUCGGGCCCCACUUGACAUCCCCAUCCCCGACCCUGCCAAGGAGAAGGCCAAAGCCGAGCGCCGCAAGAAGGAAGAGAAGAAGGAUGAGAAGAAGUCGGAGGAGGAGGAUAAAGCGCCCCCCUGUGGCCCUGUGAGCAGCAACGAGACAGUUGUGGGGCUGGUGAGCCGGGUGAAAGCCGAAAUCCAGGGCGCCAAGGAGGAGCUGGGGCUGGUCACUGUCUGGGUUCAACUCCAGGUGCCCCGUAUCGAAGACGGCAACAAUUUUGGGGUUGCAGUCCAGGAGAAGGUGUUUGAGCUGAUGACGGCCUUGCGGACAAAGCUGGAAGGAUUUCAGACCCAGAUCUCCAAGUAUUUUUCCGAGAGAGGCGACGCGGUGGCUAAAGCGGCCAAGAAUCCUCAUGUGGGCGAUUACCGGCAGCUGGUGCAUGAAUUGGACGAGGCGCAAUACGCUGAGAUCCGGCUGAUGGUGAUGGAAAUCCGGAACCUCUAUGCCAUUCUUUACGACAUCGUGGUCAAGAACUUUGAGAAGAUCAAGAAGCCGCGGGGAGAAACCAAGGGCAUGAUUUACUGAACCACCUUUCACCUCUGGCCUCCACCAAAUCACAGGGCGGAUUGGAAAGAGAGGCAAAGGCGGGACUUCCUGUCUUGCCACCUGCUGCUGAUCAGAAAAAUAGAGCUUUAAGGGUUUUGCCUUUUUUUAAAAUCAAAACCUGCACAAAGAAAUGCCAAAAACUUCAUCAAAAAAGGAAAUUGAACAGCCCAAAACAAAAUUGUGAAAUAAUUUUAAGGAUACAAAAAAAAUUAAGGAAAUUAAGCAGCAAAAAUAUUAAUGAAAGGACGAGAUCUGAUGGCAACAAAUUCUCUGCCCCCAAGUCUGCAUGAAAUGCCAAAACUUCACCUGCCCACAAUGAAGAAAAGCUGUAAAACAGACAAAUGAGAGAAAUUUAAUACGACAGGUGUCAUGAAAUAGAAACCAUGAAUCUAAAAACAAAUCCAAGAAAUCCAAAACACUGCGUUAAAUGGAAGGUUUUGCCCCCAGAACUGUAGUUUUUUGGCAUUUUAAUUCCAUAUUUUGUCCUUUUCACAACUAUUUUUGCUUUAUGGUCCUUAGCAUUUUAAGGAGUUGCAAUAAAAUAAAUGAACGAAUGGAAA